ACAGUCUACUGCUUUGCUCAUCUGAGCGUUCAGGAGUUUCUGGCUGCAGUCUACAAGUUCCACUGUUACACCAGCAGGACCACAGAGGGACUGAAGGACUUUCUUGGAAAAGACCUGAAAUACAAGAAGAGUCACUCAUCCCUGGAUGUCUUCCUGAGGAGAGCCAUGCAGAAAUCCCUCAACAGUAAAAAUGGCCACCUGGACCUGUUUGUUCGCUUCCUUCAUGGCCUCUCUCUGGAGUCCAACCAGAGACUCUUAGGAGGCCUGCUGGGUCGGACAGACAACAGUCCAGAAAUCAUCCAGAGAGCCAUCAACAACCUGAAGGAGAUGAACAGUGAUGAGAUCUCUCCUGACAGAAGCAUCAACAUCUUCCACUGUCUGACGGAGAUGAACGACCACUCAGUACAUCAGGAGAUCCAAGAGUUCCUGAAGUCAGAGAACAGAUCAGAGAAGAAACUCUCUGUGAUCCACUGCUCAGCUCUGGCCUACAUGCUGCAGAUGUCAGAGGAUGUUCUGGAUGAGUUGGAGCUAAAGAAGUACAACACAUCAGAGGAGGGACGACUGAGACUGAUUUCAGCUGUGAGGAACUGCAGAAAGGCUCACCUAUCUGACAUUGAACUCUCAGAGACUCACUGUGAAGUUGUGGCCUCAGCUCUGAAAUCCAACCCCUCCCAUCUGAGAGAGCUGGACCUGAGUAACAACAAGCUGCAAGAUUCAGGAGUGAAGCUGCUGUGUGCCGGACUGGAGAGUCUACACUGUAGACUGGAGACUCUGAGUACUAAGGAGGUCCCUGUCAGAGAGAUCUCAAUUCACUCCCCCGGCACAGCUUUUCUGGCAUCCCUGGUGAAGUUUGGGCCAGUGAAUCUGAGUGGGCAAGGUUCAAAGCUUCCAUUGCGAAAGAAUGAGGCAUUGCACCGGGUGUGGGAGAAGUUUGGAGAAGCCAUGGAGAAGGACUUUUGA